AUGUUUGCACAAGCUCGCACCAGCAUACUCAGAGGAGUCAGGCUAUUAUCGGCUCCUCCCAUGGAGCAGUACGAACAGAAGAUCUACGACAUUCUCAAGCUGCACUUCAGUCCCUCCAAUUUGGCCGUGAAAGAUGUCUCUGGAGGAUGUGGAUCCAUGUUCGCUAUUACUGUUGAGAGUCCGCAGUUCAAGGGUAUUCCGAUGAUCAAGCAGCAUCGCUUGGUGAAUGAAGUGUUGAAGGACGAGAUUGCCAAGUGGCACGGGCUCCAGUUGAAGACGAAGGCCGGCUGA